CAUCGAAGGAUCUUUCAAAGUAGUUCAUAUUUCAAUAAUAUAAAUGAUGAAUUUCUAAAUAAAAUGAUUUCUUAUUUUCAUUUGUAGUGUCUACCACAAAUACCAGUAUUUAGCCAAUUGCUAUCAUUUCACCUGAAAAAAUUUGACAAGGGAAUCGCUUCAUUAUUUGUUCUCUGUGGUGAAAGAAGCGAAGCAGUAUAUGAAAGUGUUUUCAAAUUCCUAAUUACGGAUCUUGAAAUCAAGAAUUUAAAGUGCAUAACAUGCCACUACGACGCAAUAUUAAUAAAUGGUAUAAGACGAGUUCUUCCAAACGUCGUUAUUAGAGGCUCUCUUUACCAUUAUGUUAAAUUUCUUAACCGAAAAUGGAAUAAUCUUAAUCUGCCUGCUAAAGAUGAAGAUGAAGUGUUUGACCUGAGCUCAAUUCUAAAAUUGAUACCAAAAGAACUGAUUAAAAGUGGCAUUGAUCUCCUCAUAUCAAAAGGAGAAGCGUUAUCGAAAAUUAAUGAAGACUAUAUAGCAUAUUGUAAAUUCGUGGAGAAAAGUGAAGUAUUCAUUAGUCAUGAAACUUUCAUUGAUGAGAACGUUAAAAAUGCGAUUCAUUACUCUGAAAGUUUUAUCCUCAAUGAAAGAAGAAUGCUUGGCACUCACCCAACGUUGCAUGUAUUUUUACAAUCAAUUAAAAAAUGCAUUUAUGAAAGUGAAGUAGAAUUUCGGACAGUCACAAAAGAAACUAAAAUUUCACAUGAAGUUAAAAUUACUUCAUCGUUAAUACAAAUACAAAAUAAAUUGAAGAAAAAAAAAAUAACGAUUGAAGAAUUUACAAAUAACUUAGCUAUAAACAAUUUAAAAAUAAAAAUUGGAGUUUCGUUGAACUGGCCUCAAUACCGCAAUGAUGAUUGUAAAUUAGAUUCUUUCCCGAAUCCCAGAUUAUAUUUCUCAAAGGAUGAAAAUGAAGAAGAACUCGAAAAUCCAUGCUGCUAUUGUUUCAAUGAGGAAGCUUCCAUCCAGGUAAGAGGCUGCAAUCAUUUCAUUGGAUGCUAUGCGUGCUGGUUUGAAGCUUCAAUUCGGUACAAAAAAAAAACGUGUCCCAAGUGCAGAGCCAAUUACCAAAAAGUCAACAUUUAUUAAUUGUUUGCAUUGUUUUUGUUUUUUUUUGUUAUUAA